CAUUCCUUCGUCUUCCACCGCGGCCGCGUCGGCAAGAACGUGCGGCAGCUCAUCGCCGACGUGCGGAAGGUGAUGGAGCCCUACACCGCCAGGGCCCUCAAGGUACGGAAAAACAAUUCCCUGAAGGAUUUCGUGGCCGUGGCCGGGCCCCUGGGGGUGACGCAUUUUUUGGUCUUCAGCAAAUCAUCCUCCAGCAUCAACUUUGUCAACCUCAACAGCAUCAAGAGGUGUUUGCUCAUCAGCUACGACGCAGAAACGCAGCUCCUCGAUUUCAGGCAUUACAGCGUGAAGGUCGUGCCCGUGGGCAUGAGCAAAGGCCUGAAGAAGCUGCUGCAGGAGAAGUUCCCCAACAUGAGCCGCCUGGAAGACAUCAGCGAGCUGCUGGUGAAAGACAUAAACCUGUCGGAGAGCGAGGCCGAGCAGGACGGGACCCACAACGUGCUGGAGCUGCCGCAGGCGUACGCCGGCCGAGGCAACAUGAAGGCGCAGCAGAGCGCCGUGCGCCUCACCGAGAUCGGACCCCGCAUGACCCUGCAGCUCAUCAAGGUGGAGGAGGGCCUGGCGCAGGGCAACGUGCUCUACCACAGCUUCGUCCACAAGACGGAGGCGGAGGUGAAGGAGAUCCUGGCGCGGAAGGAGGCGAAGCUGCAGCUGAAGGCGGAGCGGCGGCAGAAGCAGGAGGCGGACGUGGAGCGCAAGCGGCGGCAGCGGGAGGCUCACAGGGAGAAGAGCCUGGCGGGGAUCCGGAGGAAACGGCAGCAGGACGGCGACAGCGACGCCGAGGAUCCCGGCGCGCCGGAGCAGCAGGAUGCGGCCGAGCAGUCGGAGGAGAGCGACGCCGAAUAUUACCGGCAGGAGGUGGGCGAGGAGCCGGACAAAGGACGUGACCCUGCGGUGGCCCUGCGACUGCCACCGAGAAGGGGGGGACGGGAGAGGAGGGAGGCGAGCGCGGAGCCCGAGGACGGGGAUUCCUGCCUGCACCCUGGGAGCCAGGCAAGGAGGAAGGACGGACAGAGGGACACCAUUCCGUCCCCAGCGUGGAACCACAAAGCCUCCUCGGUCCUGGCGCGAGGCGGCUGGGGCUCACCAGGCCUCACCGCUUCCCUGCGCGGCUGGUUGCCGGCAGCCCUCGUGGCCGCGCUCUGCCUCUUCGCUGCCUGCAACCUAAACCGUGCCCCUGCCCGCAGCCACCAAAAAGAGGAGGGGGACGCGGGCAGGAACCCCCCCGAGAUGGCCGCCCAUCUCCAUCACUGCGGUAAUUUCAGCAGCUUCCAGGAAUCGCUGUGGCUGGUGCUGGCGGCGCAAUUCCCGCCGGCGCUGGUGGGGAACGGCAUGGCCGUUUACCGUUUCGCCACCCAGGAGCGCUCCUGGCACAGCGGCAUCGUCUACUCCUUCCACCUGGCCGUCAGCGGGAUGCUCUACUCCCUCUCGCUGCCGUUUCUGGCGGCGUAUUACUACCCGCCCAAGGACUGGCGCUACGGAGCGACGCUGUGCAAGCUGGAACGCUUCCUUUUCAACUGGAACCUCUACGGCGGCAUCUUCUUCGUCACCUGCAUCAGCCUCAACCGCUACCUCGGCAUCGUUCACCCGCUGUGGGUCCACGGGCGGCUGCAGCCGCGCCACGCCAAGGCGCUGAGCGCCAUCGUUUGGGUGCUGGCCGGGGCGCUCUCGGCACCCACCUUUUUUUUUUCGGAGCUGCAACAAGCGGAGGGCGCGAUCGACCGGCGGGAAAAACGGAAAGGGGGAACGCUGGUGGCGGCGGGAGUGGUUCUCUACGCCUUUUCCUAUCUGCCCUACCACGUUUUCCGUAACCUCAACUUGCAGCGUCGCUUGCUGCGCCCGGGCGUGGAGGACUGCGCCGUCUCCCGAGCCAUCCACACCACCGCUCAGGUCUGCAAGAUCCUCGUUAACCUCAACAUCUGCCUGCAACCGCUGCUCUACGCCGCCCUGGCCGACAGCAUGCAGAGCUGCUGCGGUGCCGCCUGCGGCGCCGGCACCGCCGACGGGGAGCGGGCUGAGCACGCGGAGCUGCAGCCGGUGGCCUAG